UUGGACAGCUGUCCCGCGAACUUGGACCAAAUCAUAACUAUACGUGACCAUUUUUGAUACUUUUUAUUAUUGUUAUAAACUAAGGAAAGGAAAAUAAAGAUGGACGCCUCGUUGACUGGUAACCAGGUGCGCCAAAUUUUUAUAGACUAUUUCAAGGAACAGCAGCACAUCUAUGUGCAUUCCUCCUCAACCAUUCCACUGGAUGACCCAACACUGCUGUUUGCCAAUGCAGGCAUGAACCAGUUUAAACCCAUAUUUCUGGGUACAGUUGAUCCUAACAGUGACAUGGCUAAGUAUGUGCGAGUGGUCAACUCCCAGAAAUGUAUCCGUGCUGGAGGUAAACACAAUGACCUGGACGAUGUUGGCAAGGAUGUAUACCAUCAUACUUUCUUUGAAAUGUUGGGGAACUGGUCGUUUGGUGACUACUUCAAGAAAGAUUGCUGUGCCUUUGCCUGGGAGCUGUUAGUGGAUGUAAUUAAGAUGCCCAAGGACAGGCUAUAUGUGACCUACUUUGGUGGUAAUGAGGCGAUGGGACUUGCCCCAGAUAAUGACACUCGGGACAUAUGGAUAAACUUGGGGGUUUCUGAAGAACGGGUACUUCCAUUUGGCAUGGGUGACAACUUCUGGGAGAUGGGCGAGACAGGGCCCUGUGGACCAUGUACAGAGAUCCACUUUGACAGAAUCGGUGGUCGUGAUGCCAAGCACCUUGUCAACAUUGAUGAUCCUGAUGUUCUGGAAGUGUGGAAUCUUGUCUUCACACAGUUUAACAGAGAUCCAGACGGAACACUACGUGAAUUGCCCAACAAGCAUUGUGAUUGUGGUAUGGGACUAGAAAGGUUGGUGUCUAUAAUGCAGGGCAAGACUUCCAACUAUGACACAGACCUCUUCAUGCCAAUCUUUGAUGCCAUCCAAAAGGCCACUGGAGCCCGUUCAUAUACUGGUCAUGUGGGUAAGGAAGAUGUUGAUGGCAUAGAUAUGGCCUACAGGGUGCUUGCAGACCAUGCUCGUACAAUUACUAUUGCCUUGUCAGAUGGAGGUAGACCUGACAAUGUAGGCAGGGGGUAUGUUUUAAGAAGAAUUUUGAGGAGAGCUGUCAGAUAUGCUACAGAAAAACUUGGUGCAAAACCAGGCAUGUUUGCCUCCCUCAUAGACACGGUGGUGGUAUUGUUGGGAGAUGCUUUCCCUGAAGUUACAAAGGAUCCAGAAGAGAUAAAAAAUAUAAUUAAUGAGGAGGAGCAGCAGUUCCUGAAGACCUUGUCCCGUGGUCGACGUCUGUUAGAGAGAACCAUAGGCAAGCUUGGUGAUACCACAACUUUACCAGGUGAGAUUGCUUGGCGACUGUAUGAUACCUAUGGAUUCCCUGUGGAUUUGACACAGUUGAUGGCAGAGGAGAAAGGUCUACUGGUUGACAUGUCUGCAUUUGAGGAGUGUAAAAAGGCAGCUCAGCUGAUGUCUCAGGGAUCAGGAAGUACAGUCGAUGACCAGAUCAAUCUGGAUGUGUAUGCCAUCAGUGAUCUCCAGAAGAAGGGUCUGUCCCCCACAGAUGAUUCACCCAAGUAUAACUACACUGCAGAUGGGGAGGGAAACUAUGACUUUGAAUCGACUACAGCAAAAGUUUUGGCUCUUCGUCACAGUAAACAGUUUGUGGAUGAAGUGAAAUCUGGCAGAGAAUGUGGUGUUCUUCUGGACAAGACAUGCUUCUAUGCUGAACAGGGUGGACAGAUAUAUGAUCAGGGGUUCCUAGUCAAAGAGAAUGAAGAUGAUACUGAAUUUCAAGUAAGGAAUGUCCAGGUGCGAGGAGGUUAUGUGCUUCACAUAGGUGUAAUUGAGGGGACGCUGCGGGUUGGCGAUACCGUCCAGCUCUCUAUUGAUGAGAGUCACAGAGUUGCUGUGAUGAAAAACCAUACAGGCACGCACAUGUUGAACUUUGCCCUCCGAUCAGUUUUGAAGGUUGCUGACCAGAAAGGGUCCUUGGUUGCCCCUGAUAGACUACGGUUUGACUUCACAGCCAAGAAAGCAAUGACGCCAGGUCAGGUGAAGGAAGCAGAGCAGAUUGUAAAUGUAAUGGCAGAAAAAAAUGAGGAAGUUUAUGCCAAGGAGACCAGUUUACCUGUUGCAAAGUCAAUACAGGGACUAAGAGCUGUGUUUGAUGAGACAUACCCAGACCCAGUGCGUGUAUUGUCUAUAGGAGUACCAGUUGAGACAUUAGUUAGUGACCCAAUGGGACCUGCUGCCUCCUUAACCUCAGUCGAGUUCUGUGGUGGCACUCAUUUACGUAGAUCAGGCCAUGUAGGAAAGUUUGUUAUAGUAACAGAAGAGGCCAUUGCUAAAGGCAGCAGGAGGAUCAUAGCAGUAACAGGCGCUGAAGCCACCAGGGCCCUCCACAGGACAGAUCUACUAGAUAAGAAUGUGAAGAAUCUGUCAGAGAAGUUUGAAACAUGUCUUCAGACCAAGGAACUGUCCGAGAAAGAACUCAUCAAGAUGAUUGUACAGAUGGAUGAUGAAAUCACCAAAUCUGUGAUACCUUACUGGCAGAGGGAUCGACUCAGGGCUGAUCUAAAACAGCUAAAGGGCAAACUGGAUGAGCUUGAUAAAGCAAGGAAGGCUGCCAUUACUGCUGAGGUUGUAGAACAAACAAAGAAAAUGAUCGAAGCCAACCCAAACCAGUCAUUUGUUGUACAUGAAUUUAAGGCUGGAUCUAAUGCAAAGUCACUAGAUGCUGCCAUGAAACAGUACAAGACAUCCAGUCCUGAGACCUCUGCUAUGUUUUUCUCUGUUGAUAAAGAUGCUGGCAAGAUUUUGUGUAUGAGCUGUGUUCCUAAGUCAUCAGUGUCAAAGGGACUUAAUGCCAAGGACUGGGUGAAUGAAGUUGUGCCAGUAAUUGAGGGGAAGUGUGGAGGAAAGGACCUGGCUGCUCAAGCAACUGGCUCAAACACAGGUGGCCUCCAGGAGGCGCUCAAUAUUGCCACCAAGUUUGCCCAGAUGAAGCUUACAUAAAGUGAAUAAUAGAGAACUGUUUAUUUAUUGACCUUUCGACCCAUUUUUAGAAGACAACAAAGAUAUACAUUACUGGAUUAACUUUUGGUGUAGUGUAUAUGAGAGAAGUGCUUUGACCAAUAUGUAAAAUCUAUAAUGCUGGAGGGAACUCCAUACAGUGUAACAUACUUAGUGCUUAAACUCACUGCAGUUAAUAGUAUGCAAGGAGUAAUUCAUCAUUCUUGUUGUUUAGUUACAUAUGUUUUAUACAUUAAAUUUAUAUUUCACAAAACUAUUUGCACAGAUUUGAAAAACAAAUCUUCUCAGUCAAGCUUGAAAUACUAUUGGUUAGUUAAUUUUGAUAUCAACAUAGUUUAGUAUAUGGAUCAGCUGCACUGCUGAUGUUAAUUGUCUACCAUUGCUGUACCAAGUCCAGAAUCUCAGUACUACUUGUUAACAUAGUACUACAAGAUUUAUAUGGAUUCAUUAUAUAAAGAUGAUAGUGUUUCCUGCUUAUGUGAUGUGCCAGGUCUGUGUACUCCAUUAUUUUUUCUGUGACAGAAUGAUCUUGUCAACACUUUGCAUUUUACGAUGUUGUUAAUGGCAAUUGUUAUGGUAUGCAUUAUAUUAUUUGAAAAAAAAACAUGUAGUUCUUCUUUCCUUUUAUACAAUGAACACCAGAUGUUGAUUCUAAGAACAUGAGAAUUAUAGGGCAAUAAAAAUGGUGUAUUAAAGAUCCUAUUAAAGGGGUAUAACUCUUCCUUACAGGAAUCUCAAAGGGUACGAAAUAUACUACUGUAGUAAUUCACAGAUAAUCUUUAGGACUGUUAAUACACCGGAUGACCUACAACAGACUUCAUCACUGAAGUUGUAGAAUCAGUAGCUCAGUCAUCUUUUUCAUUUAUCAGUUUCACAACAGUUGCAUUUACUAACAAAGGUAGUUUUAUGAUUCUCUUCUACACAAAUUGGUGCAAUAUAUAUAACAGAUAUUAGCUUAUGGAAGCAAUUAUUCAUUUGACUUCAUUAGUCUCCCUCCGUAUUACCAGAGAGACUGUUUGAUGUUGAUUCAAGUACACGAUGAAAGGCGGUAUCACAAAUUUUCUACUAAAUAAAGAGUUAUUUCCCUUUGAUAAGUAUGUGUCACAUCACAAAUUUUCAGCUAAAUAAAGAGCUAUUGCCCUUUGUUAAGUAUGUGUCACAUCACAAAUUUUCUGCUAAUUAAAGAGUUAUAGCCCUUACUUAAGUAUGUCAAUAUUCUAGGGUAUAACUUUUAUAAUUAUUUGACAUCUACAACUGUUAAAUUUAGUGUAACGAUACUUGUUUGGAUGACUUUAGAGGGAUGGUAGAAACCAGACACAGACUUCUGUGGUGUGACCUACUUAAACUGGGCCAUGUGGCAUACCACAAUGGAACAUACAUAUUAAUAAGGUGUCAAGUUGUGGUCCUUUCAUGGUUUAUGCCAAAGUUUGGCUAGAGGAAGAGAAGAAUGGAUUCAUGACAUCAAAUCUUAUUAAGUGUUGUUCAAACAAAAUUCCAUGAUAUAAAGUAAAGGAGGCACAUUAUGAAAUAAGAAAUUAUCAGUGUGACUUAAAUAUGAAUUUUCCAAUCAAUUCUUUUUAUGUUGAUAAGAAAUUGUUCUUGUAAAAAAGACCACACAUGUAAAAAGAUAGACAGUCAUUAAAUACAUUGUAUUACA